CAGCAUUCUGAGAUCGAUCAUGUGUUUUUAAUUAAUUUUUUCUAAUUGAUUAACUGUAAAUUCUUUUUCUUGUUCAUCUACACAAUUUCAACCUAUUAACUAAUCUUUGUGUGUGUCUAAUUUGUGUAUUUUUACUGAACUUAACUCUGGUUUAGUUGGGUGUAAUUUAACAAUAGAGAUAAAUGGCAGUGUCUAAAGUUAUAGUAAGGACUCUAAAUACAGCACUACAUACAAACCCAAAAAUAGUUGAAUCUUCAAAUUUGAAAAACUUUUUCAAUAAAGUCAACACUACUAUUGAUGCCACCUCUCGAGAUCGCCAUUUUGCAGUCGUUUAUAUGUACAGUAAACAAAAGCUGGUAACUGAAGGCGAUAUGUUUUAUCUUUACAAAGAUGUACCUGCUAAUCUUGGGGAUAAAAUUAAAUUGGAAAAAAUAAUGCUAGUAGGUAAUGAUAAACUUACUCUGGUCGGAAGACCUUUACUGGACCGUGAUUUGGUUCAUGUUGAAGCAACCGUCAUUGAGAAAACGCAUAGUCAUACAUUUAUGGGACUCUUGGCUAGAAAAAGAUCUCACUGUUUUCGUCGUUAUUAUUUUCAACGGCAUCCCUUAACCAUUCUGCGGAUAAACGAAAUACGAAUAUGCCAUAAUCUGAACACAGCUCACACAGUUAUCCAUUAAGUCAUCUUUCAUUGCUAAGAAAUGAGAUUUUGAAUGUAGCAAUUAACAUGUAAAAUUAAAGAUUGACAACUUGUUUAGUUCAACAUUGAUUUAGUGAUUUCGAUGUUAUAAUUCAAAUAUUUGAUCGAUUUAGGUCAUAAGCUAUUAAAAAGUACAAUUCAAAUAAAAUUUACACAUUGAAGGUAGAAGAAUAA